AUGCAGCGCUACGAAUUCGCCCACGAGCCUCGCGCCAGCCCCGAAGCUAUCGUCGGCGGACGAGCGACCGACAGUUAUCGCUUCACUGUGCUGGCCGAUGGGCUGCUGCGAUACGAAUGGGCGACUGACGGCCAGUUCGAGGACCGCGCCUCGGUCUUUGCCAUCAAUCGCCGUCUGCCAGUGCCCGAGUUUCGCGUCAAGGAGACCGAUGAGAGCCUGCAGAUCAUCACCAGCCGCUUCCAUCUGACUUACAAUAAGCAGGCGUUUGCGUCAAGCGGGCUUCAUGUCGUCGUCAAGGGCAACUUUCACUGCCACGGCAGUCUUUGGCGUUACGGAGAGACAUAUGCGGAUUUGGGAGGCACAGCGCGUACGCUUGAUGAAGCCAACGGACGGAUUCUUCUAGAACCGGGCAUCAUGGCCCGUGGUGGCUUUGCUAGCCUGGACGAUUCGGAGUCCAUGCUGUUUGACGAGGACCGAUGGGUCACUGUUCGACGGCCAGGCGGCGAUCGCGUAGAUGGUUACCUCUUCGCCUAUGGACACGACUUUCGCGAUGCCAUUAAAGCUUUCUAUGCCCUCUCCGGUCCACAGCCGCUGCUUCCACGAUGGGCGAUGGGCAACUGGUGGAGUCGAUACUAUGCAUACAGCGCGGAGGAAUACCUGAAGCUCGUGGACCGCUUCCAAUCCAAGGGAAUUCCGCUGUCUGUUGCAGUCCUCGAUAUGGACUGGCAUUUGGUCGACGACCCUCGCAUUGCUGCCACUGGCGUCACGGGCUGGACGGGGUAUACCUGGAACAAAAAGCUGUUCCCUGAUCCAUCGGCGUUCCUCGCAGAGCUUCACAAGCGCGGUCUGCACACGUCUUUGAACGAUCAUCCAGCUGACGGUGUGCAAAGCUUCGAGGAACCGUAUGAAGAAAUGGCCAAGGCCCUGAACCACGACACCUCGCUCGGCGACGCAAUUCCCUUUGACAUCACUAACCAGGCAUUCCUCGACGCAUACUUUGACAUUCUCCACCGCCGGUUUGAGAAGGAGGGCAUAGAUCUCUGGUGGGUGGACUGGCAGCAGGGGAAACACUCCCGGAUUCCAGGCGUGGAUCCGCUGUGGGUGUUGAACCACUUUCACUUCCUGGAUAGCAAGUUCAAUGGGCAGUUGCCACUCACUUUCUCGCGGUAUGCUGGACCUGGCAGCCACAGAUACCCUGUCGGCUUUUCUGGAGACACGCAUGUGACGUGGGACUCGUUGCAGUUCCAACCCGAAUACACCGCAUCUUCUUCUAAUAUUGGCUUUGGAUGGUGGAGUCACGAUAUCGGUGGCCACAUGCAUGGCGUCAAAGACAACGAGCUUCUGGUGCGCUGGGUUCAGUACGGCACUUUCUCGCCCAUUCUGCGUCUGCACUCGACAAACAACCCGUGGAAUAUCAAAGAGCCGUGGAACCUGCCCGUCCAGUUUGAAGGCGUCAUGUCGGAGUUUCUGCAGCUCAGGCAUCGCCUGGUGCCGUAUUUGUACACAAUGAAUGUGCGCGCCGCAGAGCAGGGGUUGCCUCUGGUCCAGCCUAUGUACUGGGCACAUCCGGAGCGAGAUGAGGCAUACGAAUUCCAAAAUCAGUACCUCUUUGGUUCCGAGCUGGUCGUCGUGCCAGUCACAACACCGGAGAACUCCAAGUCCAAACAAGCCCUGACACGCGCCUGGCUGCCCCCUGGCCGACGACUGGCCGAUAUUAUGACCGGAAUUGUGUACGACAGCGAUCGACCGCUCUGGAUCAGCCGGAAACUGUCUGAAUACCCAGUCUUUGCUCCGGAGGGCUCUAUCAUCCCGCUUGACGCGGAAUCCAGCCCUCGCAACGAUUGUGGUAACCCAGAAAACAUCGAGAUUGUUCUCGUGGUCGGAGCGGACGCGUCUUUCGAGCUGGUGGAAGACAACGGGGUCGGCCAGACAGUUUCUGAUGUCCGGUUUACGCGAACCUUGAUCAAGUUUGAGCAGAACUCUGGCACAUUGACCAUCGGUCCGAGUAUCUCUGCUGCGGAUGCUCCGGAGAAAAGCACUAGGGGGUGGAGUAUUAGGGUGAUUGGACGCUACUCGCUCAAUCAAGAUGUUUCCGUCGAGCAGGGUGGCGCGGCGAAACAAAUGACCGCAGAACUCGCCCACAAUGGAUCGAUUAUCAAUGUUGGCACAUACAGUGCUUCUGAAGCUCUCGUUGUGAACUUGGGCAGUGCUGAUCCCCAGCUCGACAUUUUCAACCCGCACGAGCGUAUUAUGCAGUUCCUGCGUGAGGCGUAUAUUGAACUAGACUUGAAGGAGAAGAUUAUUGCUAUAUUGGACCGGAAGAGACCAGUCGGUGUGACCGUUGGAGAAUUGCAUUCUCUCGGAUUAGACGACGCCGUAUUAUACCCUUUGCUAGAAUGUCUUUUGGCGGAUUCGCGUUCUACUGCGUAG